AUGCCUCUGGAAGAGGAACAGGAUCCAGAAGUACGGCGGGCACGAUGGGAAGAGCAGGCGGGGAAGGUGCGAACGGGGAUGCAGCAGAGUAUGCUGAGCCUCCUUGAAGAGCGUGGAUUUGUCAAGGACAUUGCUGGCGGGCGCAAGACACUCGACUGGCUGCUCACGGAAAAGCGCAUUGGCGUCUAUGUUGGCGUAGACCCAACAGCCCCCUCGUUGCACGUCGGCCACCUUCUCCCUCUCAUGGCGCUCUACUGGAUGUACCUCCACGGCUACUACGCCGUCAGCUUGUUAGGUGGAGGCACAGUGCAGAUUGGCGAUCCGUCUGGGAGAACAACGGCACGUUCACGGCAGGGCGAAGAUGUACAGAGCAUGAACGUGCGGAGCAUCAACGAACAGCUGAAGACACUAUGGACGAAUGUCAAGUGCCUAGGCAUCAAGCACCAGUACUCGUACAACAUCAGUCGCAAGCAGUCCAUUCUCAACAACCGGAACUGGCUAGAGAAGCUCAACGCCGUCGAGCUGAUGAGGGAUCUGGGUUCAGGCAUGCGAUUGGGAGCUAUGCUUAGUCGCGACUCCGUCAAGCUACGAAUGGAAAGCGGCGAAGGCAUGUCCAUCUCCGAAUUCAGCUACCCCCUCUUCCAAGCCUACGACUGGUGGAGCAUGUACAAAGAUCGUGGCGUUCAGCUACAAAUCGGUGGAUCUGACCAGUAUGGGAACAUCAUCGCGGGAAUGGGUGCUGUCAGCCACAUGCAAAAGAUACAUGGCCUGAAUGGAGGAGCGGAGGAAGAAGACCCAAAAGAAGCGCCGUACGGACUGACCACACCUCUACUUACAACGGCGUCUGGCGAGAAGUUUGGUAAAAGCGCUGGCAACGCCGUCUGGCUCGAUGGCCAGAUGCUGAAGCCUUUCGAUCUCUACCAGUACUUCCUACGCACCGCCGACGCCGAUGUAGAACGCUACCUCAAACUCUUCACCUUCCUCCCCCUCGACUCCAUCGCCCUCCUCAUGACGAGCCAAAACCGCGACCCCUCCAAGCGCAUCGCCCAACACGCCCUCGCCCAAGAAAUCGUCGAGCUUGCUCACGGCGCCGCAGAAGCAAAGAAGGUAGCAAUGGCACACAAGGACGCCUUCGGCCAAGGCACAAACACCUUCUCCCUCUUCACCCUCCGCAACGCAAUCUCCUCCACCAAGACCGCAGAGACACCAACAAAGGCCUCUGCUAAACAAAUAAGUGAAGCAGAAAAGAACCUACUAGCCUACAAAAAAGCCUUCGCCGCAAGCGCAAGCGCAAUCACACCACCCGACCAAGAAACUCCAACUUCACCAGCCGACACCAACACCAACAAAACCGUCAUCACCCUCCCCCUCUCCCUCCUCCAACCCGGCUCCUUCCCCACCGUCCUCCACGCCGCCGGCCUCGCAGCCUCAAAGUCGGAAGCCAGCCGCCUCAUCGCCAGCAAAGGCGCCUACGUCCUAGUCCCCAACUCAGGAAGCCCCGAGACGCCCACUGCGCUCCGCUGGGAAACCAUCAAACCAACCAAAGAUUGCGAUCCAAACCACUACCUUGUGGACUUUGAGGCGCUGGUUCUCCGGUCUGGCAAGUCCAAGAUACAGAUUUGUCGCGUGGUUAGGGAUGAUGGGGCGGUUGACGGCGGGAUGGAGGACGAGGUUGAGAUUCAUCGAAAAUCUUGA